AUGGCAGACACUCGUAAUGGUAACGCAGGAGCACCUGCAGGAGCGCCCCCGGGAGCUGGGAAUAACUACGCCAUAGAUGUCCCAAAUUUCAUCUCACGUACAAAAGCCUUGUAUGCACACUGGAAUGAGCACAGUGCAGACAUAUGGGGCUCUGCGGACGCUCUUGCCGUAGCUACCCCUCCUCCUUCUGAUGAUCUGCGGUACCUGAAAUCGUCGGCGUUGAACAUUUGGCUUCUUGGGUAUGAGUUUCCGGAUACAAUAAUGGUGUUUACCUCGAAGCAGAUCCACUUCUUGUGUAGCAAGAGCAAGGCGUCUCUGCUUGAAGUUGUGAAAGGACCUGCUCUUGCUGACUUGAGGAUUGAGAUUAUUAUGCAUGUGAAGGCCAAGGCUGAUGAUGGAACGGUGCAGAUGGAUGCCAUAUUCCGCGCCAUCCGUGAUCUGUCCCGUGAUGGUAAAGAUUCCCAAGUUGUAGGACACAUUGCUCGUGAAGCCCCUGAAGGCAAGUUUCUGGAGACAUGGACUGAGAAGCUAAAGAAUGCAAACUUCCAGUUUGUAGAUAUAACUGGGGGAUUGUCUGAUCUCUUUGCUGUGAAAGACGCCACGGAGAUCAUUAAUGUGAAGAAAGCUGCGUAUUUAGCCUACAGCGUGAUGAAAAACGUGGUUGUUCCAAAACUUGAGAAUGUCAUUGAUGAGGAGAAAGAUGUCACCCACUCUUCCUUGAUGGACGUCACGGAGAAAGCGAUACUUGAGCCAACGAAAGCCAACGUGAAGCUGAGGGCAGAAAAUGUUGACAUAUGCUAUCCUCCUAUAUUUCAGAGCGGAGGGAAGUUUGAUCUCAAGCCUAGUGCUGCAAGCAAUGAUGACCUGCUCACUUAUGACCCUGCGAGUAUCAUCAUUUGUGCUGUUGGUGCUCGGUAUAAUAGUUACUGCUCUAACGUCGCCAGGACUUACCUAAUAGAUGCGAAUUCUCUCCAGAGCAAGGCUUAUGAUGUUCUUCUCAAGGCACAUGAGGCUGCUAUUAAUGCGUUGAGGCCAGGAAGAACGAUAAACACUGUCUAUCAAGCUGCCCUUUCUGUGGUUGAAAAGGAAGCCCCUGAGUUGGCUGACAAGCUAACUAAAUCUGCUGGGACUGGUGUUGGUCUUGAAUUCCGAGAGUCUGGGUUGAAUAUUAAUGCGAAGAAUGAUAAGGUAUUGAGACAGCAUAUGGUGUUCAAUGUGUGUCUUGGUUUCCAGAACCUAGAAUGUGAGUCGGAAAGCCGCAGCAAGAGCAAGAAAUUCUCGCUAUUGCUGGCCGACACUGUUAUUGUGCAAGAUCAGAAACCGGAGCUUUUGACUAAGUGCUCCAAAUUAGUCAAGGAUGUGGCUUACUCGUUCAAAGAGGAUGAAGAAGAAGAUAGGCCGAGGAAGAAGGCCAGGUCCAGCGGUCCUGAGAGCUACAUUCCCAAGAAGACAACUCUUAGAUCGGAUGAUCAUGCGGUAUCAAAAGAAGAGCUACGGAAGCAGCACCAGGCAGAGCUUGCACGCCAGAAGAAUGAAGAAACUGCCCGAAGGCUUGCUGGUGACAGUUCUGGGGCAGGAGACAGCCGGUCUAAUGCAAAGACUUCAUCUGAUUUGGUUGCCUACAAGAACGUUAACGACAUGCCCCAACCUCGGGAUUUGAUGCUCCAGGUUGAUCAGAGGAAUGAGGCUGUGUUGUUACCCAUCUACGGUGGCAUGGUUCCAUUCCAUGUAGCUACAAUAAGAACAGUGUCGGUGCAGCAAGAUACCAACCGGAAUAGCUACAUCCGUAUCAUUUUCAACGUCCCCGGUACACCCUUUAACCCGAUUGACCCUAAAACAACGAAAAACCAGGGUGCUAUCUACCUUAAAGAGGUUUCGUUCCGGUCCAAGGAUGCAAGGCAUAGCAACGAAGUGGUUCAGGCGAUUAAGACUCUGAGACGGCAAGUCAAUGCUCGGGAGUCUGAAAGAGCUGAGAGGGCGACUCUGGUGACACAGGAGAAACUUCAGCUUGCGGGAAACAAGUUCAAACCCCUCAGGCUGUCUGAUCUGUGGAUUCGUCCUCCUUUUAGUGGCCGCAAGAGGAUUCCUGGGACACUGGAAGCUCAUGCCAAUGGUUUCAGGUAUUCGACUACUAGGUCUGAAGAGCGCGUGGAUGUCCUGUUUGGGAACAUAAAGCAUGCGUUUUUCCAGCCGGCUGAGAAGGAGAUGACCACCAUCCUGCAUUUUCACUUGCACAACCACAUCAUGGUAGGGACCAAGAAAACAAAGGACGUCCAGUUUUUUGUGGAUGUGAUGGACAAUGUGCAGACUCUAGGAGGUGUAAGGAGAUCAGCCUAUGAUCCAGACGAGAUUGAUGAAGAGCAGAGGGAACGUGAGAGGAAGAACAAGAUCAACAUGGAUUUCAAUCAUUUUGCUAACCGGGUCAACGACAUGUGGCAACUACCCCAGUUUGCGAGCCUGGACCUCGAGUUCGAUCAGCCUCUGAGAGAGCUCGGUUUCCAUGGUGUUCCCCACAAGUCAUCUGCGUUCAUCAUCCCGACCUCCAGCUGCUUAGUUGAGCUCAUAGACACGCCGUUCCUGGUGGUGAGCCUGAGUGAGAUUGAGAUUGUGAAUCUCGAGAGAGUUGGGUUUGGGCAGAAGAACUUCGACAUGGCCAUCAUCUUCAAGGACUUCAAGAAAGAUGUUCUCAGGAUUGACUCGGUUCCUACCAGUUCUCUAGAAGGGAUCAAGGAGUGGCUCGACACUACCGACAUCAAGUACUACGAGAGCAAACUGAAUCUGAACUGGAGACAGAUCCUGAAGACUAUCACGGAUGACCCACAGAGCUUUGUUGACGAUGGAGGAUGGGAGUUUUUGAACUUGGACGGGAGCGAUUCAGAAUCCGGCGGCUCUGAGGAGUCGGACAAAGGUUAUGAGCCGUCAGAUGUAGAGGUUGAGUCUGAAUCAGAGGAUGAUGCUUCGGAGAGUGAGUCACUGGUGGAGUCAGACGACGAAGAAGAAGAAGAAGACUCAGAGGAAGAGGAAGAAGAAGAGAAAGGCAAGACUUGGGACGAGCUCGAGAGAGAAGCAUCGAAUGCAGACAGAGAGCAUGGCGAUGAGUCGGAUAGUGAGGAAGAGAGGAAGAGAAGGAAGAUGAAAGCGUUUGGGAACUCGCGGCCAGGAACCAGCGGAGGCGGCGGUAGACCCAGCGGUGGUGGCAGUAGACCCAGCGGUGGAGGUAGUAGACCCAGCGGUGGAGGCGGUAGACCAAGUGGUGGAGGAGGUAGAAGCAGCGGUGGUGGUGGUAGUAGCAGGAACAUGCCACCAUUGAAACGCAAGCACAGGUGA